CCCUAGCUGUUGUACUAUACUUCUACGUGCCUUGUAGUUAGUGCAGUGAGAUACUACUACGGUCAUGUUGAAACUGUUAAUCAUGAAGUCAGUUUUCUUGUUAGGAUUUGUUAUCAAGCUAGGCAUUCUUGCUCAAAGUCAAGUGUUAAAGAAAACGUUGGUAUGUAUUUGCAUGGAAGAAUUGUCUUCUGACCUUGAGGAUCCCCUCAUCAUUCAGAAUGCCGGUGAUGGAACAGAACGUUUAUUUGUUGGCGAGCAAAAGGGUGUUGUACACAUUUUCGAUCAUAAUGAUGUUAAGUUUAAAACACCAUUCUUAAAUAUAGCAGAUCAAGUUAUGACCGGAGGCGAAAGAGGCCUACUUGGAUUAGCCUUUCAUCCUAAUUUUUGGAAAAAUCGUCGUUUCUUUGUUUACUUUUCCAGUAGAGUUAAACCUCAGAAGUCAACAGACGACCACGUUACUCGUUUAUACGAAUACCGUGCAUCUCGACGGAAUCCAGAUAUUGCUGAUACGUCAUCAGGAAGAUUAAUCCUGGAAGUACAACAACCAUUCGAUAAUCACAACGGAGGAGAGAUUAUAUUCGGAGACGAUGGAUAUCUUUAUGUAUUUCUUGGUGAUGGAGGUUCCGCGGGUGAUCCAGAAGGAAAUGCACAAAACACGCUAUCAUUACUGGGGAAAGUUCUAAGAAUAGACAUCGACACGAUUGGCAACAGGAAGGGUUAUGCCAUACCGCCAGAUAACCCCUUCAUAAAUAAACGAAACUUCAGACCAGAAAUAUAUGCUUACGGUGUCAGAAAUAUUUGGAGAUGUGGAAAGGAAUCAGGAAGAUACCACGGAAGAAUACUAUGUGGUGAUGUUGGACAAAAUAAGUUCGAAGAAAUUGAUGUAAUAAAGAAGGGAGCUAACUACGGAUGGAAAGGUCGUGAAGGAUUUGAUUGUUAUGAUAAUAUAACGUGUGGGAAAACUGGACCGGAAGUGAAACCUGUAUUUGCUUACUCGCAUGACAUCGGAAUUGCAGUUAUUGGUGGACAGUUUUAUAGCGGAUGUCUAAACCCAAGACUAAGUGAUUUUUAUAUAUUCGGUGACCUCAAUGGACGAUUGUUCCGUCUUUAUGAGAAACCCAGAAUACAGAAAUGGAGUGGACGUGAAUUACGACUUUGUGAUUCAAGCAUGUGUACUCCACCUCUUAAUAAUACAUAUGCACAAAGUAUUACAUCUUUUGGGAUUGAUGAAUCAGGAGAAGUAUACAUGGUGUCAAAAGAUGACACGAAUCGAGGAAACCUUUAUAGAAUUGUUGAUCCUGUGAGUAAUGGCAACCCCAGACGGUGCAGAGCAGCGAGAUCACUGUACAUGAAACAGAGACAUCUGCAAGAAGAAUACUACUAUAAUGACUAUGGAAAAUAACAGUUGUACAUGUAAUUGACUAAUGUGUAAAUUAAACACACACUUGCUGGAUAAAGUGAGGAAACUUUUAAUGUGAAAACAUAUAGUUUCUUCGCUCACAGAAAAUUGACUUUUGUUUUUUGUACAAGGAAGAAAAUAUAGCUUAGCAUGACCUUAUUUAUUAUUUUGUUAUUGAUAAUAUUUCAUAUAAAUAUUUAUUGAUUGAGUAUAUUCUAUAAUAUUAAAUCUUAAUGAAAUGACAAAAUAAACUAUCAACUAAUUGUUGUACUGAUUGUCUUAACUAGUUCCAAAAUCAGGCAUUACAUUCUUGUAACAAAGAUAAUCUGCAGAAAAGAAGAAGUUUUUCAAAGCAUACCUUUUAGAAAUUUACCCAGAAAAUAAGCGGUAUACGAGAGAAAAAAAAUCAGAAACUGCAUAUCUGUUAAUUCCGUAAUGCUUUUAUGUUAUUGUUUUAGUAUAAUUUUGAAAAUACUUUGAACGACAAAAUUCAUUUAUAUCUCUUCCUGUGUGACAUUUACAUUCUGGCGUCAAACUCGCGACUUUACACUAGAGUUGUUGUGAACCUUACCAGACAGUCACAUGACUUAAAUUCAUAUAUUUCAAUCCUUAAUGGGUUGAUUAAAACAAAAUAUAUAUAAAUAAGUAAUGAAAAUAGUUGUUUAAUUUAAUAGAUGCGUUUUUGUACUUUCUUGUAAAUUAUUUGUUUGAUUUGUUUGAUUUGUGAUUGUAAUACAGUGAUGACUGAUGUACCCAUGAUUUGAGAUUGUAAUACAGUGAUGACUGAUGUACCCAUGAUUUGAGAUUGUAAUACAGUGAUGACUGAUGUACCCAUGAUUUGAGAUUGUAAUACAGUGAUGACUGAUGUACCCAUAAUUUGAGAUUGUAAUACAGUGAUGACUGAUGUACCCAUGAUUUGAGAUUGUAAUACAGUGAUGACUGAUGUACCCAUGAUUUGAGAUUGUAAUACAGUGAUGACUGAUGUACCCAUAAUUUGACAAUUUUACGUGUUAU